AUGGACAGUGCUAUUCAUAAUCCCAAUAAUAAGAUUUGGUUGUUUUGGAACCAGGAUGUGGAUUGCUCCAUUUUAGAUGAAGAUGAACAGCAGGUUCAGACCACUGUCCUCUUGUACUUGAAUGCAAGGAGACUCGAAGGUGAUCAGAAUAUAGCUACUACAGCAUGUGACUACUUUGAGAAGAUCUUUACUGGUAAGGAAGAGGUCAUCAAUGAAGAUAUUCUCAGGUGCAUUCCCAACACCAUCACAGAUCAGCAAAAUCAGUCCCUUAAUGCUAUGCCUACUAAAGUGGAGCUGAAAGAAGCUAUAUUUUCUCUUAGUGAUGUAUCGAUUGCAGGUACAGAUGGAAUUAAUGGCAAGUUCUUCCAUACUUGCUGGGAUAUCAUUAGUGAAGACUUAUUAAACUUGGUGAAAUUCUUUUUCUGUGGUCAUUCUCUUCCCAAGUUCAUCUCACAUGCAUGUUUGGUUCUACUUCCAAAAGUAGACCAUCUUAAUAAGCUUUCAGACUUCAGGCUCAUAUCUCUUAGUAAUUUUACUAAUAAAGUCAUUUCUAAGGUUCUAUGCCUCAUAUUAGCUCCCAUUCUUCCUCAGCUAAUCUCUGAAAAUCAGUCAGGAUUUGUCCAGGAAGAAAUAUCUCUGAAAAUAUCAUGUUGGCAUAAGAAAUCAUUCACAGCAUCAAAAGAUCUAAGAUUGGUGAUAAUGUUGUUAUCAAACUAG